AGUACCGAACUAACGUUCUCUGCCUCCCUCCCCAGCUUCUGGGAGAACUCUGACAGGUUCAGGUGGGGGGAACACGCGGGUAUCGCGGGGUUCAUCGUGGGGCCGUCCUACAACCUGCUUGUGUCCCCCCUGGAGCACCCCAUGGGGGUGAGCAGCUGGCUGGAGAUCAAUAACAACACGGCCUCCUUACACUACGGGGUCCAAGGAAGGGCGGACUCCAUCCCUGCGGGUUAUCGCGUCAGCGUGAUCGCCGUGACGAGUCAGAACCCCUCCUUCGUCCAAACUGUUAUGGAAUGGGGCCGUUAUGUCCAGCAAAAAUUCGGGAUAACAGAAAGAUUGGACGACUUCACCACUCAAUACUUGGGUUACUGGACCGACAACGGUGCCUACUACUAUUACAACUCAGACGGCUACAGUAACUACCAGGAGCUGCUUCUGGCAUUGUAUGACUAUGCCACAGCGCGUGAAAUACCUAUCAGGUACCUGCAGCUUGAUUCGUGGUGGUACUUUAAAGGCCUGGGGGACGGAGUCAAGAAUUGGACGGCCAGAGGAGACGUGUUUCCGAACGGCAUUGAGAGCCUCUUUUCGACGGGUUGGCCCAUCCUCGCCCACAACAGAUACUUCGCCAGUGACACCGAUUAUGCCGCUCAGAACGGGGGCCGGUAUCCAUUCUUCAUUGACGAGAGUACCCAGAAAGCCGUGCCUCUUGACCAGAGCUUCUGGGACGGUCUGUUCGAAGAAGCUCUUCAGUGGGGGCUGUCGACCUACGAGCAGGACUGGCUGGACCAGGAGUACGACGGAGUGAGCGCACUGCACACCAACGUCUCCCUGGCAGACGACUGGUUACACAACAUGGCGGUGUCUGCGCGGCAGCACGGCGUUCCUGUGCAGUACUGCAUGAGUCUCCCCAGAGAAGCCCUGCGAGGCGCUUCAGAGUCAUCAGUCACGCAGAUCAGAGUCAGCGACGACUAUCACUUAGCAUUCAACCAAUGGAAGAUCGGUCACACCUCCCUGUUCGCCCACGCCCUGGGGCUGAAGCCUUUCAAAGACGUCUUCUGGACCAGCAACGACAACGUCAACAACCCCUACGUCUGGUGCCAGUCCUUCAGCGCUGGCUCUUCAUCGUACAACGGUCAUGUUAACGUCACAGAACAAGGGACUCCUUGCGUGUAUUGGGACACCGUCGACUAUUGGUUCAAGUAUCCGGGUGACUCGCUGUACGAAAACUUCUGCCGCAACCCCGGACAGAUGCACGACAGGGCUUUCUGCUUCACAGACGCCUCUCUUGACGUGCCUGAGGACUUGUGGCAGUGGGAGUACUGCUCCAUCCCGACUUGCGAUCAAGACUGCUACGUCCACGAAGGGUACAACUACAGUGGGAAUCAGAGCAUAACAGAACUUGGCUAUAAAUGUGUUGACUGGAAUGGCUCCUUCGGGCAACAAGGGGCCUAUUGUCGCAACCCCGAAGGAACUGAAGACCGCCCUUGGUGCUUUGUAAAUGAAGAUUUCUCUGCGAUGGAUUUCUGUGGCAACAGGUGCCCAGAAGCGCUCGAGUACAACCCUGCUCUACAAUCCGCUGUGUCCACCCUGAGCGCUGGACCGGUGGGUUUCGGCGACAAAAUGGAAAACAUCAACAGAGAUCUCGUGUUGAAGUCGUGUCGUUCUGAUGGGAAACUCCUGCAGCCCGACAAGCCUUUGACAGCUAUCGACGAUUUCUUCAUGCGUGAUGAUUCACAAGGUAACAUUUGGACUACGGAAACAACUAUCGGGUCAGAGGACACGUUCGGUUUAAUAUUCAUCGCUGAAGUUGCUGAUAGUCAAAGUCACACCCCCAGACAACUUAACCUUGAAAAAUCGAUGUCCAGGGAUUACCUAUCAUGGACACACUAUCCGUACGAAGAAAAAUCUAGGAUUCACUCAGCAAAUGACUCUAUUAGUAUUCCAGCUUCAGAUCAAUUUUUGGAUUUCAAAAUUCUAGCGACAUCUCCUCUCUACCACGUCGAUGGGUUAACAUACGCAAUCAUCGGCGAAAUUGCAAAGUGGGCACCCAUAUCAAGGACCCGUAUUACAAGCGUAACAGCUGAUGAUGUCGCUUUUGAGAUCGAGAUAGAGGGAACUGCUGGAGAAGAUGUAUACAUAUAUAUCUAUGUGCGUGGUCUCACCGACUACGAAAUAAGGGUGGCUAAAUGCUCCUUCACUUCAACGAGUUUACAUGCCACCAUAGACAAUUACGGAAAUUGCUUUGAACACUCGUGAUUAAAUUAUAAAUGCAUCAAGGAUUCGCAACUAUAUUCUUGAAUCCUCUUCAGCGCUGAUAUGUUCUUGAAAAGUUAUUUAAGAAAAAGUCACAGUAAACAUCCUACUCUCUCG